AUGUCGAACCUCCCAUCUGAGCCCGAAUUCGAGCAGGCCUACAAAGAGCUCGCCUCCACCCUCGAGAACUCCAGCCUCUUCCAGAAGAACCCCGAGUACAAGAAAGCCCUCGAAGUUGCCGCCAUUCCAGAGCGCGUGAUCCAGUUCCGCGUCACCUGGGAAGACGACAAGGGCCAGUGCCAGGUCAACCGCGGAUACCGAGUGCAGUACAACUCCGUACUAGGCCCCUACAAGGGCGGUCUCCGAUUCCAUCCUACUGUCAACCUUUCCAUUCUCAAGUUCUUGGGCUUUGAGCAGAUCUUCAAGAAUGCUCUUACCGGCCUAAACAUGGGUGGUGGUAAGGGUGGUGCGGACUUCGACCCCAAGGGCAAGUCCGACAACGAGAUCCGCAAGUUCUGCGUUGCUUUCAUGCGCGAGCUGAGCAAGCACAUCGGCGCCUUUACCGACGUGCCCGCCGGUGACAUUGGCGUCUCGCCGCGCGAGAUCGGCUGGAUGUUCGGCACCUACCGUAAUGAGAAGAACAAGUGGGAGGGCGUCUUGACCGGCAAGGGCGGCAGCUGGGGUGGCAGCUUGAUCAGGCCUGAGGCUACUGGCUAUGGUCUUGUCUACUACGUCCAGCACAUGAUCCAGUACGCAUCCGGCGGCAAGGAGUCCUUCGAGGGCAAGAAGGUCGCCAUCUCCGGCUCUGGAAAUGUCGCCCAGUACGCCGCUCUCAAGGUCAUGGAGCUCGGCGGUACCGUCGUGUCCCUCUCCGACAGCAAGGGCUGCCUCAUCGCGACAGACGAGAAGGGCUUCAAUGAAGACGUCGUCAACACCAUCGCACAGCUCAAGGUCGAGCGCAAGGCACUGACCGAACUGAACGAUGAGAAGUACAAAUAUAUUGAGGGCGCACGGCCGUGGACACAUGUCGGCAAGAUCGAUGUUGCUCUUCCGUCAGCGACCCAGAACGAGGUCUCUGAGGAUGAGGCCAAGGCUCUGAUCGACGCUGGCUGCAAGUUCAUUGCUGAGGGAAGCAACAUGGGCUGCACACAGGAGGCCAUCGACGUUUUCGAGGCGGCGAGGAAAGAGAAGAAGGGCGAGGCCAUAUGGUACGCUCCUGGCAAGGCAGCCAACGCCGGUGGUGUCGCCGUCUCCGGUCUCGAAAUGGCCCAGAACUCCGCACGCCUGUCCUGGACGAGCGAGGAGGUCGACGAGAAGCUCAAGGGCAUCAUGGAGGCCUGCUUCAAGAACUGUCUCGAGACUGCGAAGGAGUACAUCGAGCCUGCCGAGGGCGAGUUCCCGAGCUUGGUUGGUGGUGCGAACAUUGCAGGCUUCAGGAAGGUCGCGGCGGCCAUGAAGGACCAGGGCGACUGGUGGUCAUCGUAG